AUGGCCCACACACAAAACAGUUCGAACUCCACUACAACUAGACGAUCAUUACGUUUAUUAACAGCGGAACGUAAAUCUACAGCUACAACAGCCAGUGAAACUAAUAUUGACGACGAAGAAGAACCACAGCCAACCGCACGUCAAGCAAAAUUUAAAGCACUUGAAGCUAUAUCAAUUAGUAAUAAUAAGCGACGAAUAGAACCUGAAUCUGAAGCAAACGACGGUGAACAAGACGAAAGUGAAAAACAAGAUUUAGAAGAACAUCCAACUAAUUCUAAUAAUCGAAAACGAACACAUUCAAAACAAACGUCAUCAUCGUCAUCUCAUAGUGUUCGUCAUGUAUCGAAUACUGUAAGACGACGAAAACGAAGUAAAAAAUCGGCAACACGAAGUGAGAAAUCAUCACCAAAAACAGUAAAACGUCAACGACAGUUAUCAUCGGACGAAGAAGACAAUCGAUCAUUGAGUAAUUCAAAAUCAAAAAGAAAUUCUGCACCUGUUCUACCUGAUCGUACACGUUCAAAAUCAAAUUUAAGAAAACGAAGUAAUUCAAAUAGUGAUUUAGAACAACAAAGUGAAGGUCCAGACACGGGGAAUCUCUGUGUUCGACGUGGACAAGGCGAGCGAGAACUUAAUACUGUCGUAAGUGACCCUGCAACUACCCAUAGUCGACGAUCACGCGCAAGUGCUCAUCAUCGUCGAUAUUCAAAUAAAACACCGAUUGACUAUUUGACAACGGGACAAUCAUCGUCUAGUCGUUCGUCGGUGCCUGUCACCAACACCGGCGGUAUUGACGGUCGACCGUGUGACUCACAUAGUAGUUUACCGUCAUCGACACACCCUUUACAUUUAUUCAAUUCACCUGCAUAUUAUCAACAAACUGCAUCACCUCCACCAUCAUCAUCUGCUCAAUCGUUUUCAGGCGUUGUUCCAACUGCAUCUUAUAGUACCCCGUUUCUAGCUAGUGCAGCAGCUGCAAGUUCACAUCGAAAUACUAAAUCAACAUUAGCGAUGUCAACGGAAAGUGAUACCGAUCCAGAGAAUAAUGUCGGACAUACGAGUGAAUCACCACGUGAUGUUUUAUCUGAUCCAGCAUUUGCGCGUGCUGCUUCUGCCGCCGCCGCCGCCGCCGCUGCUGGUGGUGGUGGUUCAACGAGUGCAGCACUUUUUCAUACAUUAUCAGGUCGCGUUCAACAUUUGAUGAGUCGAGUGGGCGGAAGUAGUUCACUUAAUGCCAUCAAUGGACGUUUACAACAGUAUAUUCAAGGAAUACAAUCACCUGAUCCUGAUGUACGAUUAACGACACUCAAUGAAUUAUGUUCUCUUCUUGUAAUGAGCAAUGAAGAAACAUUACCCGGUUUUCAAUUUCGUGUUCUCUAUCCACCCCUACGUGAUUGUCUAGCUGAUGAAAAUGAAGCCAAUGCUGAAAUAGCUUUAACAGCCUGUCGAGCAUUAACUUAUCUCAUGGAAGCAUUGCCACGAUCAGCAGGACAAAUUGUUGAAGCAACACCAAUAUUUUUAAGCAAAUUACGAAGUAUAACAUCGAUUGAUAUAGCCGAACAAGUUUUAACAGCAUUAGAAAUGAUUUCGAAACGUAAUGGAAAACAGAUUCUUAUUGCUGAUGGUAUUGGUGCUUGCCUUGAAUAUAUUGAAUUUUUCUCUAUAACAUCUCAAAAUAAAUCUCUUGCUAUUGUUGCCAAUUGUUGUAUACAUAUAUUGUCACGUAAUGAUUUUAAUCAUAUUCGUGGACAUUUAGAAAAUCUCUCCAAUCGUUUACGUUCGGAUGAUAAAAAAACAGUUGAACAUGUUUGCUCAAUAUUUUCACGUUUAGUUGAAAAUUUUCAUCGUGAUUCGUCCAUAUUACGUGAAAUAGCAUCAACACAACUACUUAAAACAAUGCAAACCAUGCUUGUCGUACAGCCGUCAUUAUUAAAUAGUGUAACAUUUGUUAGUAUAAUUCAUAUGCUUUAUAUUUUUUCGGCAUACUGUCCAAUUCUUGCUGUUACUUUACUUAAAAUGAAUAUAGCCGAAAUAAUAAUGUGUCUUUUAACGGGUUCAAACGAAGGAAAAUCAUCGACAAAAUCAAUUCCUAUAACAUAUAAAUCAGCGGCAUUAUCAACAAAUGAAACAAUACCCAUGAAUGUUUCAUCAAUACAGCCAGUCAAUAGUAUUGAACUUAUACCGCGUACACCACAAGAACUAUAUGAAAUUGUUUCGUUAAUCGGUGAAAUGAUGCCACGUUUACCAACCGAUGAACCAUUGUUUCAAGUCGAUCAACUAUUUCGUCGUAGUGCAUUGACACAUAGAGCAUAUGAUGCUAGUUCACAUGGUUAUGUUCUAUGGCAUUGGCAAGAUGAUCAAGGUCAAUUACGUCCAUAUUCAUUACAAGAUUCACGUACGAUUGAACAUGCAUGGCAACAGCAUGAAGAAGAAGUUCAAUUAAUGAUAUCCGCUCGUCAUUAUCUCAUCGAUUUACAGCAACUACAACAAAUUAAUGAAGAAACCAAUCAAGCUCGAUUUAUUAAACGUAUUGUUGCGCCUGAAACAACCGACUCUACACCUGAAUCCAUCGAUGAAUCAACAAAUACAAACAAUCGCCAAUUAACAGCAGCAACAACAACAGCAAAUAGUUCAGUUGAUGCACGAACUGAAAUGAUGAAAGAUAAUAUGGAAUUGUAUAGUUCAUUUAUACAGUCAUUAUUUACUGUUCUCUAUGAGGUUUAUAAUUCAUCGGCUGGUCCGGCUGUAAAACAUCGUUGUUUACAAGCAGUACUUCGUAUGAUCUAUUAUUCUCCGUCGGAUUUACUUGAAAUAAUCUUAAAACAACAAUCCAUAUCGUCACAUAUCGCUUCCAUGCUUGCAUCAUCCGACUAUAAAAUAGUUGCAAGUGCUUUACAAAUGGCUGAAAUUUUAAUGAAAAAACUACCACAAAUAUUCUCCAUCUAUUUCUAUCGUGAAGGUGUUGUUCAUCAAAUUGAAAUUCUCAUUGGUUUUGGUGUCACAUCAUCUGUAUCUUCAGCUUCGAAUGCAUCUUUAGCUCGUCAUAAUCAUACAAGCGGAAGUCGUAGUCAACUUGAUCUUGCUCAUUUAAAUGAUAAUUCUUCACUAUCACAAGUCGAAUCUAUCGAUGAACAAUUACGAAAAGCGAAUCCACGCCGUUGUUAUACAACGACCGAAACACAUGCAACAACACGAAUUGAAACACGUUCACAACGUGGCCGUCUACCGAAAACAUCAGCUCGUUCCAUGUUCGAAGAAUUCUCAUCAAGACCUAUAGCAAAUCGAACAGCCGGUGCAUCAUUUUCAACGGGAACUCUUGAUAUUAAUUUUGGCCGUGGUCGUCCAACACGUGGCCAUGUUGCAUCCCCAGCAGCUCUUUUUCGGCCAACAUCAAGUUUCGAUCCAUCUACGUAUUAUCCUCGUCCGCCAAUGUACGUCCCAUCCCCAUAUGCAUAUGCGUCUAGUGUACCAGCAGCUGCCACAUUAAUCAAUCCAAUCGCAGCAGCAACCGCACCUCCUCAACGACCAUCUCAAAUGAUUUUAUCAUCACAAGAAAAAGCUAAACUUAAAGAAUGGAUACAGAAUCAAGCAAAACAUUUUCGUUCAACUUAUUUCUCGAAUAACUCGUCAACAUCAAAUACCGCAUUACAAAUAAUUAAUCGUCUGGCAGCCGCUGUUGAUAUAUUACAUAUUGGAAAAGAUCAACAAGAAAAUGCCAAAGCUUUACGUGAUAUAGCGAAUAUCAUAGCAAAAGGUGAUGUAUCCCCGUUUGAAAUGGUACAUACAGGAUUAAUAACGAAAUUAUUUCAAUAUUUAACCGAUGAUAUAACAAUACCAAAUGAUAGACCCGAACGGUUAAAACAAUUUUUAAAUAUUUUUAUGAAUAUACCAUUAGAAAACGAGCAAGACAAUGAAACAACAUUAAAACAAUAUAUUGUAGAACUUCAUCAUUCACAAAUCAAUCAGGGCAAAACGCAUCAUCAUAGAAAUGAACAUAAUAUUUUGAGUCAUCUUAUUAAUAAAUUACAUGGAUGUAUUAAUCAACUUGAACAGUUUCCUAUUCGAAUCAAUGAUAUUGCUGGUCGACCGGCACAUAGCUCAGCGCUUCGUCUUAUUACAACACAUCAAUUAAAAUGUAAUCUUGUUCGUUAUUCACAAUGUAAAACACUGAAACAAUGGAAUAGUGGUCCGGUGAAAAUAGAUCCACUUGCACUGGUGUCAGCUAUUGAAAAAUAUCUACUUUUACGUGGUAUUGCUCAUAGUACAAUCGAUGAUCCAUCGAACGCACUCGACGAUGAUGAAAGCGAAGUAUCCAAUGAAUCCGAUGCUGACGAUGUUAUUAAUGUUUUAACUCGUUCAUCAACAAUGAGACUUGAAUUUUUAAUUAACGAUCACAUUAUUCCACAUAAUAUGACCAUCUAUCAAGCCGUUCGAUUAUACAGUGUGCCAACACAACGUACAGCUGAUAAUGAAUCUGAGACUGAUACAGAUGAAUCGAUAUUUUCUUCGUCAUCAAUUUGGACUCGUGUACAUACAAUAAACUAUCGUCAAGCAACAAAUUCUUCGUCAACAGUAGCAGCUGUUAAUGCAGCAAUUGGUGCCGCUAGUACAACAACAACAACAACAACAACAACAUCGUCGUCGAAUCGUAUGCGACGUAGUGUUAAUGCACAACAAAAUCCAUCGAAAAAAACGAUAAAAACUUUCAAACGUUCAUCAACUAUUUCAAAUAUUGAUGACCUAUGGUUAAACGGACAAUGUAAAGAGUCGAAAUCAUUUUUAAUCUCAACAUUAGACGAGUCCUUGUCGUCAAUAUUAACCAUAAACGAUUUGUCGUUAAAUGCAAUAUUUCUUCUUCGAAUAUUACACGGUUUAAAUCUCUAUUGGUAUGAUCUUUAUAUUCAAACGAAUGCAAUGUUCAACCAUCAAAGCUCAACAUUAACAUUAAUAUCGAAAAGUGAAUUUCUAUCAGCAAAAUUAACCUCAAAAGUCAAUAGACAAUUACAAGAUCCAGUUGUUAUUAUGAUGGGACAAAUACCAUCGUGGAUAACAGAGAUGGGCUAUUCGUGUUCAUUUUUAUUUCCAUUUGAGACUCGACAAAUGCUUUUUUAUCCAUGUGCAUUUGAUCGCGAACGUGCAAUGCAACGGCUUUUAGAUAGUUCAGAUAUGUUAACACAACAGCAUAAUAAUGAUCAAACAGAUAGGCAAUCAAUUAUACCGAGAAUUGAAAGAAAAAAAGUACAAUUAUCUCGAGCAAAUAUUCUACCGGAAAUGGAGAAAAUUCUUGAUAAUUGGAAUUCAAAACAUUUUCUUGAAGUUCAAUACGAAGAUGAAGUUGGCUUUGGUCUUGGACCGACACUUGAAGCCUAUUCAUUGAUAUCGAAAGAAUUACAAAAAAAUGGUUUAGAACUAUGGAGAACGGACAGAAUUUUCGAUUCAACAAAAGAUGCCAGUAGUCUUUCCGAGUAUGUUGAUAGUCGUUAUGGUCUUUAUCCUGCACCGAUUGGCCGUAACACGAAAGCUAAUGCAGUAACAAAAAUUCGUCAAAAAUUCAAAUUUAUUGGUAAAUUUAUGGGCAAAGCACUGAUGGACUCGAGAAUGAUUGAUAUGCCAUUUAGUGUUGUUUUUUACAAGUGGAUCUUAGGUCAAGAAGAAACAUUGAAUCUUGAAGAUCUUAUUCACGUUGAUGCUAAUCUAUAUGAACAAUUUAAAAAAUUACAAACUAUUGUAAACAUUCGUAAUAGAUUAAUGAUUCAAUGUUAUGCAUCAAAUCAGCAAAUAUUAAAUAAAUCAAAUAAUAAAAAGAAUUGUAAAUCAAAAGAUGAUUCUCAAACAGAAAUUUUAGCAAAUGUGAAUCUCGUCGAUGAAAACGAUGAGAGGUUAUUACUUGAUGGUUGUAAAAUAAGUGAUCUAUCAUUAGUGUUCACAUUACCCGGCCAUCCAAAUAUUGAAUUGAGAAAAGGUGGAAAAGAUUGUUUAGUUACAAUCGAAAAUCUUGAUCAAUAUAUUAAUUUGGUUGCCUAUUGGACGCUAGUCGAAGGUGUUCGACGACAAUUUGAAUCAUUUCGUGAUGGAUUUAAUUCCAUAUUUCCUAUUCAACAUUUAAAAUGUUUCUAUCCUGAUGAACUUCAUCAAGUAUUCUGCGGCAGUGGAUCAACAGAACUAUGGGAUCUUAAAGUUUUGGUUGAAUCGACUCGUUGCGACCAUGGUUAUAAUUUAAAUAGCCGAGCUGUUAAAUGGCUUUUUGAGAUUAUGAUUAAUUUUGAAAUCGAUGAGCAACGAGCAUUCUUACAAUUCGUUACUGGCAGCCCAAGAUUACCUGUCGGAGGUUUCCGAAUGUUACAUCCACCAUUAACAAUUGUACGAAAAACAGCUGAAAAUAGUAGUGAUAAUAGCAAUCCAGAUUCAUUUUUACCAAGUGUAAUGACCUGUGUCAACUAUCUCAAGUUGCCUGAUUAUACAUCACAAGAAAUAAUGAAAGCAAAAUUAACAACAGCAAUACGAGAUGGACAAUAUGCAUUUCUACUUUCCUAA